AUGGAAAGGCGCCGAUUGGUGCACUACGACCUGCGACGAGCCGCACCCGCCGUCGACACUAGGGCCCCGCGCCCCCCCCCCUACAUCUCCUGGUCCUCCCUCCCGACCGAGUGGCUCCUGGCUGAGCUCGCGAAGCGCGACGAUGUGGCCGACACAAAGCCCGAGUGUGGCUCGGGCAAGAAGGGCUCCUAUGACACAUUCAUGCACGUCGCAGCCUUGAUCCUGAUCCUGGCACUCAGCACAAUAUCUUGCGGCUUUCCUCUGAUAUCCAGCCACUCCCGCAGCCGGCGCUCCAACAGCAUCGUCUUCUACUCCCAGCACUUCGGCACCGGCGUUCUGAUUGCUACCGCAUUUGUCCACCUCCUCCCGACCGCCUUCCAGUCCCUCAACGAUCCGUGCCUUCCCUACUUCUUCAGCAAGGGCUACAAGCCCCUGCCUGGAUUUAUAGCCAUGUUCUCGGCGAUGGUGGUGGUGGCACUCGAGUCUUACCUGACUACACGAGGUGCCAGACACUCGCAUUCGCACAUGUGGGAAGACGAUGAGAGCGACGACGAACACGGAGCUCGUCCUGGGCACAGUGGAGGCGUACUGGCAGCUAGGCGCGGACUGAACCGGCCUGCCAACAUUGCAUUGGAGGAUCUGGGCGCUUCAGAGGGGCUCAUGGCUGGCGCGUCUCCGCUUCCGGAAUCAACGCCGACCCUACAAGUAAACGGGAAGAGCAAUGGCGACGCCGACGAGUCGAGAGGGGGAAGAGCGCGCGACGACGACGAUGACGAGGAUCGCGAGUCGAUGGAUCUGGAACUGAACAUGGACGAGCUCUCCACCGUGCCCCUCGACGGCGGGAAGCCCAAUGCUGGCCCCAAGAGCCCGACGGUGCCUCAUAUGCCAAGUCCGGAAGAACAGAGGCGUCUGAUGCUGCAGUGUCUGCUCCUCGAGGCCGGCAUUCUUUUCCACAGCGUAUUCAUCGGGAUGGCUAUAUCUGUAGCUACGGGCCCGCCGUUCGUGGUAUUCCUCGUAGCGAUCGCCUUUCAUCAGACUUUCGAGGGCCUUGCGCUUGGUUCUCGAAUUGCGGGCCUCCACCUACCCAAAUCGUCGCCCCGGCCGUGGCUAAUGGUCCUCGCCUAUGGCACGACGACCCCUAUCGGCCAGGCGAUCGGACUUAUCGUGCACAACUUCUACGACCCGAUGAGCCAAACGGGCCUAUUGAUGGUCGGCUUCAUGAACGCCAUCUCCAGCGGUCUGCUGCUCUUCGCAGGGCUGGUACAGCUCCUGUCCGAGGAUUUCUUGACCGAGAAGAGCUACAAGACCCUACACGGGCGAAGAAGAGUCAAUGCUUUCAUCGCGGUGAUAGGUGGUUCUCUGCUGAUGGCGCUUGUUGGUGCUUUCGCGUGA